AUGGCGCCAAAACGCUCCGCCCGCGAACCCACUCCAUCAUCAACCAGCACUACUCAAACCUCCGUAACCUCUGCGGGCUCCGUCCCAGUACCUACACCUUCCAAAGCCUCUCCCAAAUCCAGUAACAAUCAAUCGCCACAAGAGAUUGCCCUGGGUAUAUGGCAGAACUAUUUGGACAAGACGCCGCAGCGUACGAAGCUGAUUGAUGUUUUCAUGAGCUUCUUGGUUGUUGUUGGAGUAUUGCAGUUUGUGUACUGUGUUAUUGCGGGCAACUAUCCUUUCAAUGCUUUCUUGUCGGGCUUCUCAGCUACUGUUGGACAAUUCGUUUUGACUGCUUCCUUACGGAUACAGACAAACGUUGAGAACAAGGCGGAAUUCAGUGAGGUAUCUCCAGAGAGGGCAUUCGCGGACUACGUAUUUGGAAGCCUGAUCCUACAUUUCUUCUGUGUCAACUUCAUCAAUUGA